UAUAUGCAUGCUUGUACGUUGUUGGUAAGAAAUCGGCUAACUACAUGAAGAUCAUAUAAUAAUAACCAUUACAUAAAAAGUCAGCAAUCAUCACAUAUACAGAUAAUUCGUCAAAACCUUAUAUUAUACGUACAAAUUAAUAUACUCUAAAAAACAUGUAUAAUAAAUACUUUCACAAACACGUACCUUUUGCUUAAUAAUCUUGAGCAAUAAUAAUUGAGAGAAUUAAUUGCACAUACCAUACUUCCUUAGCUUUGUUCUUCAACUCUAACCCUUUUGCACUUCCAUCGAGUAAGGAGAAUUUUGUUUGCAAGAAACCAAUCACAUGCGCACAUGCAUGGGAGGAGGUUGUGGCCUUUAUAUUAAACAUCUUCGAUACUAUCAUAAUCAUCGUUACUACUACAACUACAUUGUUCACUUGUUUGAAAAUAUUGUACUCUUCUUCAUUUUAUCCACACUUAUGGCUUCCUCCUCGUCUUCGGCUGCUCCCACGGACCCGUCCGUGGCGGUCCUUAUUAGAGUCGAUCAAUCCGGUCACGGUGACUAUAAGAAGAUACAAGAUGCAAUUGAUGCUGUGCCUUCUAAUAAUACUGAGUUUGUUUAUAUUUGGGUUAAGCCCGGAAAUUAUAGUGAAAAGAUUGUUGUGCCAGCUGAUAAGCCCUACAUAACUCUAAGUGGAAAGCAAGCAAAGGACACCAUAAUAACUUGGGCUGAUGGUGAUCACAUUUAUGAUUCCCCUACUGUCUCUGUCUUGGCUUCUAAUUUUGUGGGGCGAUACCUUACAUUCGAGAAUACGUAUGGGGCAAGAGGGAAGGGGGUUGCUUUGAGAGUGGCAGGGGAUAAGGCAGCUUUCUAUGGCUGUAGGAUGAUUUCAUACCAGGAUACUCUCCUUGAUGAUGUUGGAAGACACUAUUACAAAAAUUGUUACAUUGAAGGAGCCACUGAUUUCAUUUGUGGUAACGCUGCUUCUCUCUUUGAGAAAUGUCAUAUACAUUCGGUGCUAACAGCCGAAAACGGAGCUAUUACUGCCCAAAGGAGGGAGACACCGUGGGAGAAUACUGGUUAUAUCUUCCUGGGAUGCAAAAUCACCGGCAAAGGGGUUGGAACAGCUGACCUUGGAAGGCCAUGGGGAGCACAUUCGAGGGUUAUUUAUACACUAAGUUACUUAUCUAAUGUAGUUUCGCCUGAAGGAUGGAAUAACUGGAAUGAUCCCAAAAAGGAGAGUAAUGUGGUGUAUGGAGAAUACAAAUGCUAUGGACCAGGGUCUAAUAGAGCAAUGAGGGUUUCAUGGUCGAAGAGUCUCACUAACAAUGAAGCUGCACCAUUCCUAAGCAAGGACAUGAUUGGUGGAAGAGCCUGGAUUAGACCUGCACCAACCAAGUUUAAGAAAGGCUUUUCUGCUCAUUCUAUGAAGCACCAUUCAAAUAGAAAUUAAUUAAUUAGGUCGCAUUUUAAUAUGGAGUAUAUACUAAGUAUAUCUUAUUAAUUUUUAUUGUAUAUAUAUACGAUGUAAUAUAAUAUCAUUGUUUAUCUAUGUUG